GGACCCACGGCUGUGGCACAUGAGCUCAGCAUGGAUUCCUUGGCCAACACUGCUGCCUGCUGGUGCGCGCCUGGAGUUGCAAGAGAGAUUGUAGAAUCGCAGCGCUGGAAAGGGGCGCAAGGGACACCUCUGCCAGCAUCGGAAGCAUCCUCCGGAAGAACCAGUUGGUGCAUGAACGUUGCUCAUUCUGCACCCCGCACCUAGAAAUCCGUUUCUCCAAGGAUUCGCAAUGAAAGCCUUGCUCUUUGCCUUGCUGCUCCAAGCAUCCUUCGCCUUGGUUCCAGAGAAGGAGAAGAACCCACAAUAUUGGAGACACCAAGCCCAGGAGACACUAAAGAAGGCCCUGAGACUCCAGGAACUCAACACCAACGUGGCCAAGAACGUCAUCCUCUUCCUGGGAGACGGCAUGGGGGUCCCCACUGUGACGGCUGCCCGCAUCCUCAAGGGUCAGUUGCAGAACCACAACGGAGAAGAAACCGUCCUGGAGAUGGACCGCUUUCCUUAUGUGGCCCUUUCUAAGACGUACAACACCAACGCCCAAGUGCCGGACAGCGCGGGCACCGCCACGGCAUACCUGUGCGGGGUGAAGGCCAACGAGGGCACCGUAGGGGUCAGCGCGGCCGUCACCCGCUCCCAGUGCAACACCACCGCCGGCAACGAAGUCACCUCCAUCCUCAAGUGGGCCAAAGCAGCCGGCAAAUCCGUGGGCAUCGUGACCACCACCCGGGUGAACCACGCCACCCCCAGCGCCGCCUACGCUCAUUCUGCCGACCGAGACUGGUAUUCGGAUAACGAAAUGCCCCCCGAGGCCCUCCAGCAGGGCUGCAAAGACAUCGCCCACCAGUUGUUUGAGAACAUCCCAGACAUCGAGGUGAUCAUGGGUGGGGGACGGAAGUACAUGUUCCCCAAAAACGCCAGCGACGUGGAGUAUCCGCACGAGGACAAGUACCGGGGGACCCGGCUGGACGGCAGGAACCUGAUCGAGGAAUGGAAGAAGAAGAAGCCGAGCGAGAAGAAUGCCCAUUACGUCUGGAACCAGACCGAACUGAGGAAACUGGACCUGGACAAAGUUGACUAUUUGUUGGGCCUCUUUGAGCCUGUCGACCUGAUGUACGAACUGAACCGGAACAACGAAACGGAUCCCUCCUUGACGGAGAUGGUGGCUGUGGCUCUCAAGGUCCUCCAGAGGAACCCCCUCGGCUUUUUCCUGCUGGUGGAAGGAGGGCGAAUCGACCAUGGGCACCAUGAGGGCAAGGCCAAGCAAGCCCUCCAUGAAGCCGUGGAGAUGGACCGGGCCAUUGGCCUGGCUGACCAGAUGACCUCUGCCCAGGACACCCUGACCGUGGUGACUGCCGACCACUCCCACGUCUUCACCUUCGGAGGCUACACGCCCCGCGGAAACACCAUCUUCGGUCUGGCCCCUAUGCAGAGUGACAUGGACAAGAAGCCCUUCACCUCCAUCCUCUACGGAAACGGACCCGGGUACCGAGUGGUUGCUGGCGAGAGGGAGAACGUCUCCACUGUCAACUUCACCGAUGCCAACUACCAGGCCCAGUCGGCCGUCCCUUUGCGCAUGGAGACCCACGGGGGCGAAGAUGUGGCCGUGUUCGCCAAGGGUCCCAUGGCCCACCUCCUCCAUGGCGUCCAUGAGCAGAAUUACAUCCCCCACGUCAUGGCCUACGCCGCCUGCAUUGGUGAAAACAUGGACCAUUGCCACUCAGGGGUCGCUCUGAAUGGCCUCUCCGGACCGCUUCCCAUGGCCUCCGCCUUCUUUUCCCUCAUCAUGCUCCGACUUCUCUUCUAAAGACUCAGCCUUGUGCGCUGCGGUCCCUCCCCACGUUGAACCAAGUGCCUCUGGACCGUACCAACCACGAUAUAGAUGCCCACCAAGAGCCGGCACAACAAUGACGCUAUGCCCAAAAAACUCUGCAGCGUUGCAGAGGACACUGAGGUCUUUGGACCGGAUGGGGAGGAUCCGUCCUCACGCCCCUUUCCAGAAGUGCCAUGGACUCUUGCACAACCUGCGUGGAGCAAAGCUUGUGCAGGGAGGUCUCAGUCCUCAUUCCCCAAGCUGGCAAAAAGUCCAGCCUUGCCAACAUGAGCAGCUGGCGAUGGCAGCGUUCAACAGGUUUCUGCCCUCCUCUGACAUUUCUUGCUACCUUGGGGAUUUUUAAGCUUUGGCAACAAUGCCGCCCGUCCGGAGGAACACCCAAUUCAUACCAAGCAACAGCAGGCAACAUCUGCUGCGGCCGCCGGGGCAGAGGGUCAGAACGGGUGGUACAUCUCCGGGAGCCCUGUUUUCGGAUGUUCCAGGAUCCGCGCCAAUCUAAACAUCAGGAAAGGCCAGGACGUUUUCUCCAUCCGUUUCCUCGCUGCAGAUAAGAAAGGUUUUGGUCCCUCUCCGCAGAGGAGGAGUCCCCCUUUUUCUUGGCACUCUCCGCUUCUUUUCUGACCUUAAUGGAAAUCUCACAGUUGUGACCUUAAAAGAAAGAAUGAAUUGAAGAAAGUGAAAGAAAGAAAGACUGAUUAAUGCUCUUUUCCUUUCCUGAAUGGUUCUGAAGUCCAGAAGUGGCGCAAGAGCAUCAUCUCACAUCUUGGCUGUGCCCAAAACAUCUCAGCCGAUCCAUUUUGCCUUCUUGACCUGCAUGAAUUUUGAGCCAUGUUUAGCCACCCAGAUUGAGAACCAUACCUUCAUUCCCCCCAAAAGCACUGGAUGAAUUGGGGGUCCCUCCGUCGGUUGGUGUUUUUUCAUGAAGAGGCCAUGUCCAAAGGCCAGAGGUGCCUGCAAACACUCAUCGGCCGACUGAGGAGCAUUUAAGGAACUGGACUUUGGUUGCAAGGUUCUUGGUCUUUCUGAACCAAGCUGCCUGCGAGGCCAGACUUGGAGGAAAGCCGUUUUCUACCUACAACUGGUUGUGGGAUUGCAAACCCCUUUUCUAGAUGCAGCUUUGCUGCCUUUAAAAUUGUUAUGCACUUUUGUUAUUGAAAAAAGGUGUGUGUGGUUGGGGGGGGGGGCUUUUUGACUUCUGGUUGUUUGUUUAAAGUUUGGAGGAACAAAUGCUGAAUAUUUUUGUAAAAAUAUUACUUAAGAGGAGGAGAAGGAGGGUUUGCCUUUGUUUAGCAGUUAUGAGCAUCAAAUGCACUCGACCGGGGUUGGAUUCGAACCCCAAACCCAGCAGGUGCCUCUUUCUAUUGCAUUGUGACUUGUACUUAAGGUGGAGGGUUAAGAUGGAACUCACUCUGCAAGAGAAAUAAAUGCAGUCGUUUUCUGACAAA